AUGUCGCAAAAAUCUUAUGCAGCCAAGCUAUUGAGUCGAAACAGCAUAUCUCAGGAUGGUCAUGCAUCAUUUGCACAUCUCGAUCAAAAUCUCAAAUAUUUUCUUGCUAAGAAAUUAGAAUCUGUAGCUGAAACGCUCAAUGAUGGCAAAUUAAUUCUGCCAGUGGUUGUUGAUCAAUAUCAAGGAGAAAAUCUUCAAGUAUUGGCAAGAGCUAAUUCAACACGUAUUAUUAAAUUACGAGGAAGUCAAACUGAUGGUCGAAUAACUAUAAUGGAAGGAGAAAUUCUUGUUGGUGAAGCUCCGCCACUUCAUAUUCAUCAUCGUGAAGAUGAAUAUUUUCAUGUUCUACAAGGUGAACUUCAAUUUGAAGUUGGCGAUGAAACAUUUAUGGCAAAAACUGGUACAUGGGUCUAUGCACCACGUUAUAUUAAACAUCGUUUUCGCAAUAUUAAUUCACCUGGUGCUCGAUUAGAAUAUGUUUUUCAACCGGCUGGUAUUGAAUAUUAUUUUGAAGAAGUGAGCAAAAUUGUGGUCGCACAACAGGGUGAUUGGGAAAAAGACGCUAAAGCGGUUGCCGUCAAAUAUGGACUUGAUAUGCUUGGAUCACCAGAUUGGACGGGAUGA